AUGUGUCUUUCUUCUUUCUCUUUUCUUUUUUUAUCUCUUUCUUUCUCUUUUCGUUUCUUUUUUUUGUUUUAUAUUUUUUUAGAUCUCUUUCUUUCUCUUUUCGUUUCUUUUUUUUUGUUUUAUAUUUUUUUUAGAUCUCUUUCUUUCUCUUUUCGUUUCUUUUUUUGUUUUAUAUUUUUUUUAGAUCUCUUUCUUUCUCUUUUCGUUUCUUUUUUUUGUUUUAUAUUUUUUUUAGAUCUCUUUCUUUCUCUUUUCGUUUCUUUUUUUUAUCUCUUUCUUUUCUUUUCGUUUCUUUUUUUUUUGUUUUAUAUUUUUAGAUCUCUUUCUUUCUCUUUUUGUUUCUUUUUUUUUUUUAUAUUUUUUUUAGAUCUCUUUCUUUCUCUUUUCGUUUUUUUUUUGUUUUAUAUUUUUUUAGAUCUCUUUCUUUCUCUUUUCAUCUCUUUCUUUCUCUUUUCGUUUCUUUUUUUUUUGUUUUAUAUUUUUUUAGAUCUCUUUCUUUCUCUUUUCGUUUCUUUUUUUUUGUUUCAUAUUUUUUUUAGAUCUCUUUCUUUCUCUUUUCGUUUCUUUUUUUUUGUUUUAUAUUUUUUUUUAGAUCUCUUUCUUUCUCUUUUCGUUUCUUUAGAUGUCUUUCUUUUUUCUUGUUUCUGCUCUCAGGGUAACGUGCAUCUUUCUUCUGGUUUCGAUACAACUUCUUUUUCUCUUGCCAAUGUUUACUUCUUUUUGGGGGUUAAACUUUGUUCAAGCUGUAUGAGCUUCGAAAUUAUCUUAGAUUUCUAUUCCAUUCGUAUAUCUUAA